GACAAUAAAACUAUGACUCUCGACGUCUGUCUCUGUGACCUCAUUCCAAGAACACACAUCUUUGAUUCAUUCAACAAACAUUUACUUAAGUUUCCCACCUGCCAGGCCCUGUGCUGGGCAACGCUGGAGAUCCAGGGUGCGGCCAGCACCAUGGACACCUCACAGGCUCUGCCGCUGUUCCUGCUCCUGGGUAAGUCUCCCGCUCAGCCCCUUGCCCACCGGUUCCCCUUCUCGGCAGCCCCUCAACACCCACCCCUCCUCUCCUCUGCAGCCUCCGGAGUAGAUGUCCUCACUCUCAGAGCCCCUUCUGGAGUUCAGCCAACCAAUUUCAUCUCUGACUCAGAAAGCUCUUCCCGGGGCCCGGUUUCAAAUGUUUCUUUCACCAACCCCCCAAGAUGGGAAUUUCUGGAAGGGUCUCCAGGUUCAACAGCCACUGCUGAUGUCCCCCAUUCCCCAUGGAUUCCCGAGGCCUUGCACUCGGACAACAUAACUGGAUCCCUCGGGUCAAAUGUUUCUGCUGAGGACCAAAAGUCAGGCCUGGAGCCCACCAUCUCUGGGACCUCUGGUUCCCGAGUACUUCCUGACAUCUUGGGUUCUCAAGUUCCUGCCAAAGACUCAGAGCCUUCCUUUGCUGUUAAGAACCCAACUUCAAACACUUCUGUCCAAGUCCCUGGAGCUAAUGUACCUGUGGAGGGCUCAGGUUUAAAGUUCUCCCCUGAGGAUCUGGAUUUCAAAUUCCCCGCCCAGAGCCCCGAAUUCAAAGUUCCUGCAGAGGCACCCCUAGAGCCGAGCUUCCCCCAGCAGGUGGGGGGGCCUCUUGCUGUGUUAGUGGGGACCACCAUCCAACUCCCCUUGGUUCCAGUCCCCAGCCCUGGCCCCCCUGCCCCUCUGGUUGUCUGGCGCCGGGGUUCCAAGGUGCUGGCAGCGGGGGGCCUGGGGCCAGGGGCCCCUCUGCUCAGCCUGGACCCUGCUAACCGAGAUCGCCUACGAUUUGACCAGACCCGAGGGGGCCUGGAACUCACCUCUGCCCAGCAGGAGGACGCUGGGGUCUACACGGCUGAGGUCAUUCGUGCUGGGGUCUCCCGGCAGAUUCGGGAGUUCACGGUGGGUGUAUAUGAGCCUCUACCCCACCUCUCCGUGCAGCCCCAGGCCCCGGAGACCGAGGAAGGGGCGACCGAACUCCGGCUGCGCUGCCGGGGAUGGAGACCGGGUAGCGGGGAGCUAAGCUGGAGCCGGGACGGACGCGUCCUGGAGGCAGCGGACCCGGAGGGAGCGGAGCUGCCCCGGAUCCGCGCAGAGGGCGACGAGCUGCUCAUCGCGCGCCCCGUGCGCGGCGACCACGCCCGGUACACCUGCCAAGUUCGCAGCCCUUUCGGCCACACGGAAGCCGCGGCCGACGUCAGCGUCUCCUACGGCCCCGACCCCCCGGUCAUCACGAUCUCCUCGGACCGGGACGCCGCCCCCGCCCGCUACGUCACCGCGGGCAGCAACGUGACCCUGCGCUGCACCGCCGCCUCGCGGCCGCCCGCCGACUUCGCGUGGAGCUUGGCCGACCCCGCCGAGGCCGCGGUGCCCGCCGGCCCGCGCCUCCUGCUGCCCGCGGUCGCGCCAGGCCACGCCGGCGCCUACGCCUGCCUUGCCUCGAACCCGCGCACCGGCCGCCGCCGCCGCUCUCUGCUCCACCUCACGGUGGCCGAUCUGCCCCCUGGGUCCCCACAGUGCUCGGUCGAAGGGGGUCCCGAGGACCGCAGCCUUCGCUUCCGUUGCUGGUGGCCUGGUGGGGUCCCCGCCGCCUCCCUACAGUUCCAGGGCCUCCCCGAAGGCGUCCGCGCGGGGCCGAUGUCCUCUGCACUCCUGGCAGUUGUCCCCGCCCACCCUCGGCUUAGCGGCGUCCCUGUCACCUGCCUUGCUCGCCACUUGGUGGCCACGCGCACCUGCACUGUCACCCCGGAGGCCCCUCGAGAGGUGCUGCUGCAUCCGAUGGUGGAGAAGACACGGUCAGGGGAGGCAGAGGUGGUGCUGGAGGCCUCUGGCUGUCUGCCACCCUCAAAAGCAUCCUGGGCCAGGGAAGGGCGACCCCUGGUCUCUGGAAGUGGGGGACGCCUGAGACUCAGCCAAGAUGGACGGAGGCUCCUCAUUGGCAAUUUCAGCCUGGAUCGGGACCUAGGAAAUUACUCUGUGUUGUGCAGUGGGGUGCUGGGUACUGCGGUCGACCGGAUCACCCUCAUCGGACCCACCAUCUCCUCAUGGAGGCUGCAGAGAGUCCAGGACGCAGCGGUGCUGACUUGGGAUGUGGAGCGUGGGGCUGUGGUCAGCGGUUUUGAGAUCCAGGCACGGCCGGAGGGGCCCAACCUGAGCAGAGCCAUCCUCUACCAGGGUUGGGUCUCCUUGCUCAUCCUGGGGCCUCAGGAACGGUCAGCUGUGGUGCCCCUCCCUCCUGAGAACCCUGGGAGCUGGGCCUUGCGUAUCAUGCCCAUUCUGGGAGGCCAGCCCGGAAUCCCAUCACAAAGCCGGAUCUACAGUGUUGGCAGCACCCUGGGCCCUGGGGCCAUCGCUGGCAUUGUCUUGGGCUCCCUACUGGGCUUGGCACUCCUGGCAGCACUGAUAGUCUUGUGCGUCUGCUGCCUGCGUCGUUUUCGGGGAGAAAGUCCCAUGAAAAAGAAGUCUCCACCCACCUUUAUCCCUGCGGUCCCCCCACCAGGGAAGAAGAUGCAGAGUGUGGCUCCAGUGAAGACUCCACAGCCUCUGCCCCUCAAAGUCCCACUGGAGAAUCCCAGCCCAACGGGGGUCCAUCGAGUGAGUGUCACUGGCCCCAAUCCAGUCAUCUCUCCAGUUGGGGGCCCGAAGACUGUCCGGGCAGCCACACAGGUGUGACAAGGGCUAAUGGCCUGUUCCACAAAGGACUUUUUGCACAGGACUUCAUGUUCUUACUCAGCAGCAGGCAGGGCCUUCCUGUCCUACUGAGACUGAAGGUCAGACUCUCACCUUCGAAGACUCUACUUGUAUUUGUGUAACUAAGGAGGUGAGACUCCUGGGCUGGAGGAGACUCCUGUUGAUCUGACAGUGUAGUUUGUAGCCCUGCUGUGGCUCAGCGGAUUGAGCACUGGCUUGUGAACCAAAGAGUCACUGGUUGGAUUCCCAGUCGGGGCACAUGCCUGGGUUGCAGGCCAGGCCCCCAGUAGUGGAGACCUGUGUGGAAGCAACCACACACUGUCUCUCUGCCUCUCUUUCUCCCUCCAUUCCCCUCUGUCUAAAAAUAUAAAUAAACAAACAACCACCAGUGUGGUUUGCAAACCACCAAGCAGGCAAGAUGUGUAGACUGUGCAGCAGACAGGCAGGCUUGUGGGGCUGCUCCAUGUCGGACCUAGGACCUGCUUCGUUUCUGGAAAAGUCUUCCUAUGUCCAUUUUGCCUCCCCCAGGCCAUACCCACCCAGCUCCCAGAGUCUUCGUCUUAAAACAGAUCCAAGCACAUGCCCCUCUUCUCUGAAACCCUUCUAUGGCUGCCCAUCACCCUCCAGAUGUCCAAACUCUUCAUCAUGACCUUCAAAGCCUUGUGGGUCGGCCUCCAUUGGCCUCUCUGACCUCCCCUUCCAACACGUGUCCCCACCACCUCAGGAGCACAGGCUUUCCCACUGCCCUUUAUUUUGCCUUUGGGUCUUUGGCCCUAGAGUUUGCCCUAUCUGGAGCACAGCAGUCUCCUUGUGUUGUUUAUUUCUCAAGGGGAAAGGUGACCAUUACCAUCUUAGAUGCUUCUUUAGCCCUGGCUGGUGUAGCUCAGUGGAUUGAGCACUGGCCUGCAAACAGGAAGGUCACUAGUUCAGUUCCCCAUCAGGGCACAUGCCUGGGUUGUAGGCCAGGUCCCCAGUUGGAGGUGUGGGCACGCAAGAGGCAGCUGAUCAAUAAUGUUUCUCUCACCUGUUUCUCUCCCUUCUCCUCUCUCUAAAAAUAAAUAAAUAAAUAAAAAGAAGAUGCUUCUUUAACCCCAGCGUUAGUUGUGGGUUAGAUCCUAGAGACCCUGAGCCC